CGUUGGAUCUCCCUCCCAUACCCUUUCGCUGUUGGCUUUUGAAGUUUUGGUAACCUUGAAGUCAACUACAAUGUCAACUGCUAAAGCCUGAUCAAAUCUCUGCAUGCAACUGCUCCAAGGUAGUCUCUCUGGCCGCAACUUCCAUCUCAAUUGCUUAAUUAGAGCCUGAUUCUCUCUUAUUAGCACCUUAAUCCCUUUUUAAUUAUAUUGUUUCUCACUUUGCAAUUCAUCUCUCUGCAACUUCCUAUCCUAAAAUUGCUAUUCUGGUAUCUCUAAUAUUGCUGACAUGAAAAAUUCAAAAUGCUAUUUUGCCAAAAUCACAUUGGUUACUUUGAUUGGUGCCUGAUUGCGUGGUUUACAGUUAUGCCUCGUUUGGUGUCUAGGAUUGGAUUGGAAUUGAUAACCCUCUAAAGAUGCCUCGUUUGGUGUCUCGGAUUGGAUUGGAAAGGAUAACCUUUAAAUUCAACGUACAUUGAAGGGAGACCAAAAUUAUAUUUCGUUUUGGGGAGGAUCGGAAUGCACAAGUUUUUUUUCCUCGAGUAAUCCAUCUCCUACCCCCAACCAAGUUGACCGUAAUUUUUUCAUUUCUUCAUUCAAAAUACCUUGGCUUAUCCAUUCGAAUCCAAUCCUUUAUACCAAACUAGGCCUUUGGGUUAUGAAAGUAUGAUGCUUUGACUACUUUUGGGUUUGCAGGCUGCGAAUAUGGCCGAUUCUUCUUCUGAUUCUGUUUCUUUUACCCCUCCUCGAGAAAAGUAUGAUGUCUUUCUUAGUUUCAGAGGUGUGGAUACCCGUGAUACUUUUACCAGCCAUCUCUACGCUGCUCUAGUUCGCAAGAAAAUUGACACCUACAUAGAUUACAAGCUUGAGAGAGGAGAUAAAAUUGGACCUGCCCUUCUCGAUGCAAUAGAGAAAUCAAAGCUUUCGGUGGUCAUUUUCUCGAAAGACUAUGCUUCGUCCACAUGGUGUUUGGAUGAGCUUGUGCAUAUACUAGGAUGCAAGGAAAGAUAUGGACAGACUGUUAUACCCAUCUUUUACGGAAUAGAUCCAUCACAUGUACGAAAACAACAGGGGAGUUAUGCAGAUGCGUUUGCUCACCUUGAAAAACGUUUCAAGGACAAUUUGGACAAGGUGAACAAGUGGAGGGAUGCUUUGAAGGAAGCAGCCGAUAUGUCAGGGUUUGAUACUUCUAGCAAAAGAGGGACGGAGGCCAAUUUUGUUGAGGACGUUGUCGAUGAUAUUAUGACCAAAUUGAAUCGCAAAUCAUUACGUGAUUUAAAGAAGGACAUGGUUGGAAUUGGAACUCAAAUUGAGCAAAUUGAAUUGUUAUUAUGCAUUGAUUCACCAGAUGUUUGCACCGUAGGUAUUUGGGGCAUGGGUGGUAUUGGCAAGACCACCCUUGCUGAAGCUGUUUUUCACCGACUCACUUCUAAAUUUGAGGCUUCAUGUUUUCUUCCAAAUGUGAGGGAGGAGUCAGAAAGACAUGGACUAAAGCACUUGCGGAAUGUACUUCUUCGUGAGAUACUAAACGAAAAAGAUCUAAAUAUUGACACUCCAUCUAUAGGACUAUGUUUUGUUCCAGAAAGGCUCAGCCGUACAAAGGCACUCAUUGUUCUUGAUGAUGUGAAUGAUUCAAAGCAAUUGGAACUUCUAGUUGGUGAUAAUAUUCGGUUUGGUCGCGGAAGUCGAAUCAUUAUAACUACUAGAGAUAGGCGCCUUCUUAAGGUAAUCGUUGAUGCUGAUAAGAUCUACAAGGUUGAGGGAUUAAACUGUGAUGAAGCUCUUCAGCUCUUUCAUUUGCAUGCUUUCAAAAAUAAAUCUAUGGUUCCAUAUUAUACAGAGUUGUCGGAAGUGGUGGUAGAAUAUGCUGGAGGCAUUCCAUUAGCUCUUAUAAUUUUGGGUUCCUUGUUCCUUCACUGUGAGAGCAAAGAAGAUUGGGAAGAUCAAUUGAACGAGUUGAAAAGGUUUCCCAACCGAAAAAUUCAGAAUGUGUUGAGAUUAAGUUAUGAUGGAUUAGAAAAAAAUGCAAAGGAGGUAUUUCUUGAUAUAGCAUGUUUUUACAAAGGGAUGGAUAUAGGUUUUACAAAAGAAAUGUUAGCUAUUCGCGGUUUCUUUGUAGGAGGGAUUAAAGUUCUCAUUGAUAAGUCUCUCCUAUCAAUUUCAACAAGGAACUGCCUAGAGAUGCAUGAUUUGUUACAAGAAAUGGGUCGGGAAAUUGUUUCUGAACAAUGUAUUGAAGAGCCCGGAAAACGCAAUAGGUUGUUCAUUGCUGACGAUGUCUGUCGUGUAUUGAAGAACAAUACGGGAACUGCAACCGUUGAAUGCAUAUUCUUUAACCUCUCUCAGAUUAGAGGGAUACAAGUGAGUCCUGCAGCCUUCGAAAAGAUGUACAAUCUCAAAGUGCUAAGGAUUGAAAACAAAAGCUUUGACAAGAAGUACAACAAAUUAUACCUUUCUGAUGGUCUUCAGUCUCUUCCCGAAGCACUUAGUUAUAUUUACUGGGAGGAAUACCCUUUGAAAGCCUUACCAUCAAAAUUUUAUCCAGGAAAUGUUAUUGAACUCCGAAUGCCCUACAGCCAAGUUGAGAAACUUUGGGAUGAAAGCCAGAUUUUUGGGAACUUAAAAGAGAUUGAUCUAUGUUUCUCCAAACAUCUAAUUGAAGUUCCAGAUCUAUCUCGAAGUCAAAAAAUUGAGCAUAUAAAUCUUGGUGGCUGUACAAGUUUGGUUCGGAUUCCUUUGUACUUUCAGUAUCUUGAAAAGCUUAAGCAUCUUCAGCUGGAAGGGUGCUCAAAUCUCAAAUAUCUUUCGGAGAUGCCAGGCAAUAUUGAAUCCUUAAAUUUAUCUAUGACUGCAAUAAAUGAAUUGCCGUCAUCAGUUUGGUCUCAUGAAAAGAUUUUGCACUUGGAUAUUCGAUCUUGUAAGAACCUUAAGAAUCUUCCAAGUUGCAAUUGUAAGCUGAAGAUCUCAGGUACUUUUAGUGUAAGAGACUGCUCAUCUCUUGGCAUGUUUUCAGAGCUUCCCAAGGCUAUAAAACUGUUAGAGUUGACUGGGACAGCAAUAGUUGAACUGCCGUCAUCAAUCGAGUGUCUUUCUGACCUCAUUGAAAUUCAACUGGAAAAUUGCAAAAAGUUUGCGAAACUCCCGUCAAGCAUUUGUAAGUUGAAAUCUCUUGAGAGACUUGAUCUCACUGGUUGCUCUGAAUUUGAAUGCUUUCCAGAAAUCUCGGAGCCUAUGGAUCAUCUAGAAUUUCUUAGUUUAGAAAGAACAGCAGUUAAAGAGCUGCCCUCAUCAAUCGAGUGCCUCUCGGGUCUCACUUCAAUCAAAUUGAAUGACUGCAAAAGGCUUGUGAGUCUCCCAACGAGCAUUUGUAAGUUGAAAUCACUUCACAGACUUGAUCUUACUGGUUGCUCUGAAUUUGAAUAUUUCCCAGAAAUCUUGGAGCCUACAAACCAUCUGGAAUUGAUUGGUUUAGAAAGAACAGUGGUUAGAGAGCUACCGUCGUCAAUUGGAAAGCUAUCUGGGCUUCAAACAUUAGAGCUAUAUCUCUGCAAGAACCUCGAGUUUGUCCCUAAUAGCAUCUACAAUUUGAACUGUCUUAAAACUCUUAGCUUUGAUGGCUGUUUAAAACUUAAAGAAUUGCCUCCCUUCUCGGUCGGGUUGUGCUCGUUGGAAAGACUAAACCUUAGUUACUGCAGCAUACUGGAGAUCCCUGAUCACCUCACUUGCAUAACCUCAUUACAAGAUUUAGAUCUAAGUGGAACCUUGAUUAAAAGCCUACCUACAAGCAUCAAACGAGCAUUUCAGAUGCGGUGGCUGCGCUUAACCAAUUGCAAAAGCCUUCAAACUUUACCAGAGCUCCCAUUGCUACAUUCUCUCGAAGCACAUGGCUGCACAUCUCUGAAGACAGUGUCAAGUUCAAGGACUGCACUCGCACAAGGUUGGGAUGAUUAUGAAGUUAUCCGAGGGCUUCCAGAGGAACUUAAAUUUUCGAAUUGUGUAAAGUUGGAUGAGAAUGCAUGGAGCAACAUAAUGUCUGAUGUGCUGAUUAGAAUUGUGCGAAUGGCAAUAGCAUUAUCAAUCCUUAGAGUUCAAGAUGAAGUAACAUAUGACUUUUAUCAUGCAAGAUAUUCGACUCCCUUUGUAUGUCCAGGGAGUGAAAUUCCAAAUUGGUUCAGCCAUCAAAAUGAGGGAUCUUCAAUAAAAAUCAAGCUUCCUCCAGAUUGGUUUAACACAGAUUUCUUGGGUUUCGCUCUAUCUGUUGUUGUUUCAUUUGAUAACUAUAAUGUUAUACGGGGUUUGAAUUUUGGAUGUAAAUCUAAUUUCAAAAACCGUUAUGGUGGAAGCCAUGAAUCUGAUCGUGAAUUCAAUGGUUGGACCACGGAUGAGACCAUCUAUAAUCUUGGAGAACAGGAUGACUACAAUUUCAAUGCUGACCAAGUGUUUGUGUGGUAUGGUGACUUUGAUCUUCUAGAGGGAGAAAAAUCCUCCAGUCCUUUUCCGAAUGUUGUCACUGAGCCCUCUCUGGACUUCUAUGUGGUUGAUCAUCUCGACAGACCCGAGGUGAAGGUGAAAAAGUGUGGGAUCCGCCUGCUGUAUGCCCAAGAUUCCGAGAAUUUUGAUGUCAUGUUGGGAGGUGAAACAAAAGUAGAAGAAGAUGCUAAAACUGAGAAACUUGGUGAUGAAUCUGCAGCUAGUGACAUUUUUAGCUCGUACAAGGAACAAGAAGAUGAAAUAUUCAAUCAGAGAAUUAGAAAGAAAAGGAGAACUGGAGGCGCAAGAGCAGUCAUGUUUGUGGAAGAAGAUAAUGGAACUAAGAGUCUUCCUGACAAGUCUGCGGCAAGUGUAAGCAAAGUUUUCAGCUCAUGCGACGAACAAGAAGAUGAAUUCCUUCACCAGAGAAUUGGCAACAAAAGAACAAAUAGAGGUGCAAGAUCAAGCAUGUUCAAAGAGACCAAAAUGUGGUGGUGGAUAUUGUUCUUGGUUUGGGCCUCUCUUCUUGUUUGGGUUCUGUCCUUCGUGUUGUUGUAAGCCUUGUGGGCUGAAGACGGUUUCGGGUUUCUUAAGCCUAUGGAUUUUCUAGCGCAGUCGAGCCCUUCUCCCUCCCGUGUACAAAAGUUAAUAAAAAAAAAUCGAAUUUUGAUUAUAAUACCAUUGAAGGUACGCAGUUCUCCCCAGUCCUCUAUAGUAUCUAAUUAUGUUUAAGUUUAAAUCACUAUUAUUGCAGCCAUCAUCUUAUUACAAGUUGCAACUACUAUAUCGCAAAUGGAUGACAUGAUUAAAGAAAUUCAAACAGAUUGUCAGAUUAUUGCUAAUUAGAAGUAGAUUUAAAAUUUAAAA